UCAUCAAGAGUGGGAAAGAGCCAAAGUGGGAAGGAGCAUGAGUUGAAUGGCACAAAAGUAGGUCUGUUGAUAAACAAUGAAGUAAAGGGGACAUCAGGUACAAGUUUUCGCUGUGAGUCAGAAGGACAAUUUAAAAGUUGCCUAAAGGGGCCCACACCGUCUGUGUUGCUGCCAUCCAGUUGGAAGGGAAACUCAGGUUCUUGCCUACUGGCCAGAGCUCUUCACAGAAUGUCCCCCACCCUUGCCAAGCCCAGCUGCCCACCGCCCCUCCCCCUCUGCAGAAUGUCUGGGGUCCUAUGUUCCAAGCUAUUUACAUUCAAAUUUUCCCUGCUCCACUUGGACUCAGGAGCAUCUGCUGAGCCAGGUCACUCUCUGGGUCCUGCCCUUGACUUUUCUCAUUGUGGAAACUGCCAGACAGCGGUGGUCAGUGCCUAGCCUGAGGGGAUGGCUUCAAAUGGAGCAUACCCAGUGGUGGGACCGGGCAUGACCGUGAACCCUGGCGCCUCCCUGUCUGUGUUCACAGCUCUGCCCUUCGCCACACCCGCUCCCGGCCCAGCACAUGGGCCACCCCUCGUGACUGCAGUGGUUCCUCCAGGUGGCCCUCUGGUGCUGUCUGCCUUCCCCAGCACACCUCUGGUGGCAGGACAGGAUGGCCGCAGCCCAAGUGGGGCCGGGGCUUCCAACGUCUUUGUCCAGAUGAAGACAGAAGUGGGGCCUGUGAAGCCCCCUCAGGCACAGACCUUGGUCCUAACUCAGGACCCCCUCGUCUGGCAGGUUCCAGGCGCCCUCUGCGGAGGUGUCGUGUGUCCACCUCCCCUACUCCUGGCAGCUGCUCCUGGGGUGCCCAUUACAUCUGCCCAGGUGGUUGGGAGCGCCCAGGCCUGUGAGGGAGGCUGGUCCCAGGGCCUUCCUAUUCCACCACCACCACCGGCUGCCCAGAUGCCCCCCAUCGUGUCCCACGCUGGGCCAUGGCCGGAAGGGGCUCAUGGAGAGGGCAGCCUGGCUCCCUCCCAGGCCAAGGCCCCGCCGGACAACUCCUGUAACCCCAAGAGUGUCUAUGAGAACUUCCGACUCUGGCAGCGCUACAAGCCCCUGGCCCGGAGGCACCUUCCCCAGAGUCCUGACACCGAAGCGCUUUCCUGCUUCCUCAUCCCAGUUCUCCGAUCCGUGGCCCGGCGGAAGCCCACCGUGACGCUGGAGGAGGGACUGUGGCGGGCCGUGCGCGAAUGGCAGCACACGAGCACCUUUGACCGGAUGAUCUUCUACGAGAUGGCGGAAAAGUUCCUGGAGUUCGAGGCUGAGGAGGAGAUGCAGAUGCAGAAAGCACAGUGGAUGAAGGAGACCCAGAGCCUGCCUCCUCCAGCCCCGCCGAGGCUUGAACCUCAAGGAUCCCCGGCCCCUGAGGUGGCCAAGCAGCCAGUGUACCUUCCCAGCAAGGCUGGCCCCAAGGCCCCGCCUGCCUGCCUGCCACCACCCAGGCCCCAGCAACCAGCAGAGACCAAGGCCCGCCUGCCACCACCCAGGCCCCAGCAGCCAGCAGAGACCAAGGUCCCUGAGGAGAUCCCCCCUGCAGUGGUGCAGGAGUAUGUGGACAUCAUGGAGGAGCUGCUGGGGUCUCACCUUGGGGUCACAGGGGAGCCUGAGGGACAAUGUGAAGAUGGCGAAGUGGAGCAGCCACAGGAAGAGGAUUGGACGCCCCCAGACCCGGGCCUCCUGAGCUACAUUGACAAGCUGUGUUCCCAGGAAGACUUUGUCACCAAGGUGGAGGCCGUCAUUCACUCCCCAUUCCUGGAAGAACUGCUUUCCCCAGAUCCACAGAUGGAUUUAUUGGCCCUAAGCCAGGAGCUGGAGAAGGAGGAAGAACUCACACUUGCCCAGCUAGUGGAGAAGCGCCUCCUAUCCUUGAAGGAGAAACGGCGUGUGAGGGCAGCCCCUAGUCAUGGCACGGCCUGUUUGGACUCAAGUCCUUCUAAGUUUGCAGCUCGCCAAGGAGCAGAGAGAGACGCCCCUGACCCCCAACAAGGGACCGGCAUGGAAACCUGCCCACCCCAGACGGCUGCCCAGGUCCCUCAGGGACAGGCUAGAGUGUGCACCGGCAUGGCCAGGUCCAAAGACCCUGCGGUGCUUUUGGGAUGUCAGGAUUGCCCUGGGCUGAGGGCUGCCCAGCCAACCUCUCCUCUCGAGGACCACAGACCCACCUGCCCCAGCCUGGGAACCAAGGACACCUUGGAUCUCCCCGGAGCCUCUCCUGUUAAGGAGUCACACAGGCUGGCUAAGGGGUCAAGUGAGGAGAGGGAACUCCCUGGCAUGGUGUAUGUCGUGGGUUCCCACCACAGGCUGCGGCCCUGGAGGCUAUCCCAGAGCCCUGUCCCUUCCUCAGGCCUUCUCAGCCCGGGAGGGCGGGGACCCCAGGGAGCUCUUCAGUCGCCAUCUGCUCAGAGAAGAGGCCUCAGCCCAGCACCCUCUCCUGUUACCAAGUCCAAGAAGCGACUUCUCUUCGGAAGCCCAUCCCCUGCUGAAAAGAUGCCCGACCCAGGGCCUGGGCUCAGGGUCUCUGGGGAGCAAUCCCUGGCUCCAGGGCUGGGUGGCCCCUCACAGUCUCAAAAGAGAAGGGGUGGCCCCUUGGUCUCCAGGAGGAAGAAAAAGCGGCAUUGUAGCCAGUAGGGGCCGCUGCGGGGCAGGCUCUCUGGUGCCAGUCCCCAAGGGUGGGGCUCGGAACUCUCGGACCCUCAUGGCAGCAGGUGCCCCAAAGCAAAGGCUGCUUCUCCCCCAGUGCUGAUCUUGCUGGGCCUUAGCUUUGGAGGGUGGAGGAGGGAGGGGAG